AUCCCAGUGGCCUGCAGCUUUGCUGCAAACAACCUUAUGGGAUUCUGCUUUGAUGAGGUGCAACUUGCACCCACUAACAGAAUUAUAAGUGCUGGCAGAAUUUAUGAUGGACUGUAAGGCAAAAGAAGUUUGGCUUACAAAACACACGCGGAAGUAGGAACAGGAGAUUUUAAGCCUGUACUGUGCUUACAAGACUUUUACCACUUCCUUUGAUUGAUACGGCUUUGUUGGGUUGAUUACAGCUGCUUAUUUUUUCAGCUGUGCGUUCCCUUGAAUACUAUGCCAAAAAGCUACAUCACAGGAGCCUGUAAUUCCAAGCUGACCUAACAUGGAGAGCGAGGGCACGUUAUAUUGCUGUUUAUUGGGAGAACAUACUGUACAGUGCUUUGCUGUAGUUAAUCCUCGGUAUUAAAACAAACUGAUUCGGCCAAGUUCUUGUUACAAAGUUUCUUUUGGUCACAGAAUAAAUUUGUUGUAUUUAAUGAUUCAGUAAAUUUUCUAACUCAGCUGAUGUCCUGAACUGGAAAAACAGAAACUUAAUGAGCAUUUAGCAAAGGUCAACUCACUCUUAUCCACUUAGACUAUUCAGUGUCAUUCCAGUGUCAUCUUAUAUAUAAGAAGGGCCUUUUUUAUGAGGACAUUUUAUUACAUUUUAAUGAUUAUCUAAUGUUAAUGUUUAAUUAUUUGCUUUCCAUUGCAGGUCUGCAGUUUGUAAAUCAUCGUCCAGCUCUGAAAUGGCUGACAGGAAGUUGGAUGGCUUUGGACAGAUUUGGAUGGUAGCGCUUAUACUGCUGUGUAAUCCAGCAGCGUUUAUGGUGAAGGCAAGUCUGGCGAUCAAUGAAACCCAGCAGCAGGCUUCAACCAGUGUCUACAAUGACAUUACGGUCACCAGGAACAAGAUAGUCACAGCCCAGUUUGAGUGCUAUCAAAAGUUAAUGAAAGAAAAUACCCACAGCAGACAAGAACCUGUGUGCAAUCGCACGUGGGAUGGCUGGCUUUGCUGGGAUGACACCAAAGCAGGAGUUACAUCCGAGCAGCACUGCCCGGACUACUUCCAGGAUUUUGAUCCAUCAGAGAUGGUCACAAAGAUUUGCACUGACAGUGGUCAAUGGUUUCUGCAUCCGGAGAGCAACAGGACAUGGACCAACUACACCCGCUGCAAUGAGCACACUGUAGAAGGCAGAAUGACUGCAAUGAACCUUUUCUACCUUGCCCUCAUAGGACAUGGGCUGUCUCUGACUUCCCUCCUCAUCUCCCUAGCAAUUUUUUUCCAUUUCAAGAGUUUGAGCUGUCAAAGGAUCACCCUUCAUAAGAACCUCUUCUUCUCUUUUGUUCUGAACUCUGUGAUCACCAUCAUUUUGCUGACUGCAGUGGCCAACAACCAGGAGCUCGUGCAGAGGAAUCCAACAAGCUGUAAAGUGUCCCAGUUUAUUCACCUGUACCUGUUUGGCUGUAAUUACUUCUGGAUGCUGUGUGAGGGGAUAUAUUUGCACACUCUCAUCGUGGUGGCAGUGUUUGCUGAGAAGCAGCAUCUGAUGUGGUACUAUCUCCUAGGAUGGGGCUUUCCUCUUAUCCCAGCCACCAUACAUGCCGUCGCUCGGAGCUACUACUACAACGACAACUGCUGGAUUAGCUCAAAAACAUCACUGCUCUACAUCAUCCACGGCCCCAUCUGUGCUGCUCUUUUGGUUAAUUUGUUCUUUCUACUCAACAUCGUGCGAGUUCUCAUCACCAAACUGAAGGUGACCCAUCAAGCAGAAUCAAGUCUGUACAUGAAAGCCGUGAGAGCCACGCUCAUCCUGGUCCCUCUGCUUGGAAUUCAGUACGUCCUGCUUCCCUACAAGCCAGAGGGACGGGUCUCUUCGGAAAUAUAUGACUACAUCAUGCACAUACUCAUGCAUUACCAGGGUCUGCUUGUGGCCACCAUCUUCUGCUUUUUCAAUGGAGAAGUCCAAGCUGUUCUGAGGCGGCACUGGAACCAGUAUCAUAUCCAGUUUGGCAGCAGCAUAGGAAACCACUCGGAUGCCCUGCGCUCAGCUUCCUACACAGCUUCCUCCAUCACUGAGGUACAGGGCUGCUACAGCAUCGACGGUCACUCGGAACACAUGAACGGCAAAGGCUGCCACGACUCAGAUGCCUCCAUACUCAAGUCAGACAGCCCCUUCGCCUGACACAAACAGUGCUCUCAGACUCUGUCCAUCCCACCAUCACCCUUAAAAUCUGCCACAUGCUUGGAGCUCGCCAUCCAGGAAAACUGGCCACUUCCCAUAGAUACAUAGAGGAAAACGAGUGAGGGGGAAAAAGGAUUGUCCAUCCGGGCUGUCAUGCAUCUGAAGGAAAUUAUGACUUCUUAUCCACACCAACACAGGUCCUUUAACUGUACUGUACGGUGAGCUUGAUACAGCUACUCCUGCGCUGUGCUUUGUCUACAAUUUGCAUCUGAACUGCUUUACUUGGACUACGAUGCUUUCAGAUCUUUCAGCCUGACUAAAUCAUUUUUAAAUCAAUAAUUACUGACUGCUUGAUUAUCCUCCCGGGUUCAUGUUGUGCACAAAAGGCCUUUGGUUACACUGUAAAUUCUUUUGACACAGUUAGUGCCAAACCAAGAAAUCUUGCCUGCCUCAUUUAUUUUUUUCAUUAUCAAUAAUGAAUCAGAUAGGACGUCUAACAUGUGCAUAUUGAAGUAUUAAACAUAUCUGUAUCUUUCACAUGUUAAACUUAAUUUAUCAACAUAUUCUUGUUUAUUAAAUGAAAAUGGAUUAAAUAUCAUACAGUAUUUAUGAAAGGUUUAUAUGUUACAUGUUUGUUUUUUUUAUUUUCAAAAUUAAAUACUGAUAUAACUUGCCAGCAGCACAGAAAACCUUUCUUUGUUUCAGUGUUUGUUCCUGUGUGUGCAGUUCAUGCAGGCGAUUUUGGUUCGCACCACUAGCUCACGCUCUUCAUUUCUAGUCAAGAUGUUUGCACCUGCUCAAGUGAUCCUUACUAACGUGUGCAUCAGUUAGGCCACAUGGUUGCAAUGUUUACAGAAUAUUAUCAAAGAGAAGCCACAUUUGAAUGUUGACAGCCAAUGGUGUGUUUUAUUUGAACUUGGAAUUUUCCCAACCAAAAGUUUGUUUUUUGUUUUUUAACUGGAACACCCCCCUCAAAUCUGACUUCCAAUUCGGAAGGUUGGAGAAUUCCCACCAACAACGAUUUUACAAUCCAGUAUAGCAGUGCAUGUAAUCUGUAAAGCUUAUAUUGCUGAAUAAGCCAUAUUCAGAGCAUUGACCACGUUUUGUGUGUGAACAUGCAGCAGUGGUGUUUUCCAGCUUAUAAAAUAAGCAAAGCGCUAUAUUGCUAGUCAUGCAUGAAUGGCUCUACCUUGCGAAGGAGCAGAACGCCACUAGGACGCACCCGGCUCAGGAGUGACAUCACACCCCACUCUGAUGUGCAACUUCCAAGGCAAAUGAAAUGCAGCAUUUAUUUAAAGACUUGGCUCCUUUAAGCACACAUCACAUUUACUUUUACUGCUGUCUUUAUCCUUACCCCUCAUAAAGCAUUUAAAAAUAAUUAAGAUGUCAACAGUACUCAGUUUUCAGACAUAAUACAGGAAGUUAAUUGGAUGACGUGCUGCUUUUUCCAGUACCGUAGUAGGAAGAAAAUUAAAUCAAAUUGAAGAAGACCACAAUUAUUAAUGUUCGCAUGAAAGAGGAGAAAGAUUUAAUUCCUCUUGUGUAAUGAACAAAGCCAUGUUUCUGUUUCUUUAUAGUGCAACCGUUAGAAAUUACGGUAGAUUCACUUCCAUCUUCUUUGAAGCCAGUACACAUUAUUCUUUUCUACCUAAACUGAAUCUGUAUCUAAAUGUUAGCAAGUGUACUAUCUGUACUAAAAAGCUUACCGAUUUGUAAGAAACUUCAGGCCGCUAAAUCCUGAUAUAGGUGGGAUUACUUUUUGCAUUUUGUCCCUGUCUUUUUACAGGAUAGUCAUGCUACGAAACAAUAUCUUAAGGCCAGUAUGAACGUUUGAGUUUAGUGAUCUUAUAAUCAGUUUGCACAUAAAAAAUGGAAAGUGCAAUAGAAGCAGGCAAAAUCGUGAUGCAAAUGAAGCAAGCAACAUUAAUGUCCACUAACCUGUCCUGCUACACUGAAGAAACUAAAAAUGGCAAAAGAGGAGAAGCAUUGUGAGUGUGAAGUGUCAAGGAAUAGCGUUCCUUAUUUUCAUGCAUGAGCAAAUUAUACAAAUCUCCAAAACUUCCACUGCCUGUUUGUUUUAGGUCUGACUGGUGCUUUCUCAGUUACUUUGAUAUGAAUCCACCUGGGGCAAAACCCUUCUUACCUCAGUGAACCAAAUCUUUAUAUUGAUUAGUGGAUAAAAAUGCAUGCAUUAAUUUAGCCUACUCUUAUUCCCAGGGAUGAAAUACUGAUGUUUUGUCAAAACCUCUGGAGUCUCCAAUACUUACAAGCUUGUGGUACUACAACACACCUAGUUUAAGGGGUCUCUUGUCCCCAAAUCAUCACAUAUUGACACUUGUAGAGAAGCUCUUGGUGUUGUAUUUAACCACACUGGUUUAGAGCAUUUUUUAUACAUGCAGGGUUAUGAAUUUACAAACCAUGGUCCCUUCCUAUGCCUGGUAGUUUUACUAUUUACUACUAUUAUUUCUGUAUGGGACACCAGUGACAUCUGAUAGAAUGUCAAUAUUUUGUGACCAGGGAUGAAAACGCACAAUUUACUUUUCUUUUUGGAAUUUAUUUAAAGGCUAAAAGUAUUUUAUUCCCCGAGAGUGAGGUA